CCCCCCGCCCCCCGCGAUAGUUUCUUGACUUGGGUGUGAGUGCGUGUUUUCUUAAACACAAAACAAAAAAGGAAAGAAGACCCCCGUCAGAAAUCCUUCGGUCGAUUUGAGACUUUGAAGUCCAAGCUGCACGAACUCACUAGAGAACUGAGAAAACAUGUUGUUCUUCUCGUAUUUCAAGGACUUGGUGGGGAGAGAAGUGACGGUGGAGCUGAAGAACGAUUUGGCAAUCAGGGGGACCCUUCACUCGGUGGAUCAGUACCUCAACAUCAAGCUCGAGAACACCAGGGUUGUUGAUCAAGACAAGUAUCCUCACAUGCUUUCAGUAAGAAACUGUUUCAUCAGAGGUUCGGUGGUGAGAUACGUUCAGCUCCCUCCCGAUGGCGUUGACAUUGAACUGCUCCACGAUGCCACAAGAAGAGAAGCUCGGGGUGGCUGAUUUUUUUUGGUUUUGAACUAUCAGUGUACUUUUACAUGAAUAUCUAUCUGAUUUUGGAUACUAUGGAUGUAAUAGCUUUAAGGUCCAAAGAUGACUUUUCUUGACGUUCAAAUGGGUUUUAGUUACCAUUGCAAUGACUCCAUGAUUGCAUAAAAA